AUGAAGACAACAGAUGGCCAAUAUAUUGUUGAUUUUUCACAAACAGCAUUUGCUAAACAAAACUUAUCAGUGUAUCGACACUGGCGUCGGUUACAUCGACAACAACGUAACUUUCUUAUAGCAGCUAUUUUAUUAUUUCUUUUUAUCUAUGGUGGUUAUAAAUUUCGGCGUUCAAAUUGGCCAUCAUCUGUACCACACGAAAAAUAUCAAGUAGAAAUUGAAUUAGAUAAAAAAUCUCGACAAAAAAUAAUUAUUGACAGUUUGAAAUCGAAGCCUACAACAUUUCGAUUUUCAGAAUAUAACGAUGCACGUGAAUGGAUUAAAAAAUCGUUCAAUGUCGAUUCAUCAUCUGUAGAUAAAUUUAAUUCACAUUUUGAAAUAACAAUUCGAAUUUUGGGUGGUUUAUUGAGUGCAUAUCAUCUAAGCGAGGAUCCUAUAUUUUUACAACGAGCAACUGAAUUAGGUGAUAGAUUGUUAGUCAAUUUUGAUACACCGUCCGGAUUACCAUUAUCAGAAAUUAAUAUUAACAGAAAAACGGCUAGUGGAUAUCACUGGACGAGUGACGCUUCCACAUCCGAAGUUGGAACUGUUCAAUUGGAGAUGCGCGAUUUAUCUCGUUGCACUGGCGAUAAAAAAUAUGAGAUAGCGGCUGAUAAAUCUUCGAGUGUCCUUCAUCGUGCAUCAAAAACAGAUGGUCUUGUACCAAUUUUUAUUAAUCCAACAUCUGGACUGUUUUCGGGCGGCGUGAUUUCAUUUGGUGCUCGCGGAGAUUCAUAUUAUGAAUAUUUACUUAAACAAUGGUUACAAACAGGACGAACGAGACAAACUUUUUGGCAAGAUUGGAUUGAAUGCGUCGAUGGUGUUCAAAAACAUCUUUGGCGACAUUCUUAUCCACAGCACCACUGGUUUGUUGGUGAAUUGUUCUCAUUAUCUUCCUUCAAUCCAAAAAUGGAUCAUCUAGCGUGUUUUUUGGCGGGUAAUUUAGCAUUAGGUUGGCAUUUUCACCAUAAUUUAACAUAUCUAUUAGAAAUGGCUAAAAAUUUGACAGCAACAUGUUACGAAAUGUAUCGUAAACCAGAAACAGGUUUGAGUCCUGAAAUAACAUAUUUUAAUAUUGAUCCAAGUUCAACAGUCGAUCUAAUUAUUCAUGAUAAUGAUGCUAAGAAUUUAUUGCGUCCAGAAUUAAUUGAAUCAUUAUAUUAUAUGUAUCAUUUAACAAAGGAUAAAAAAUAUCAAGAAUGGGGUUGGAAAAUAUUUGAAUCAUUUGAAAAUUAUACACGUGUUCAAAAUGGUGGUUAUACGACAAUUGACGACGUUGUUCAUAAAGACAAUGUCAAACCACGAGAUAAAAUGGAAUCUUUUUUUCUAGCAGAAACAUUAAAAUAUUUUUAUCUAUUAUUUGAUGAUACUAAUUUAUUUCCAUUUGAUAAAUGGAUAUUUAAUACGGAAGCACAUCCAUUACCCAUCUACGAUUCUUAG